UUCGCACAGGCGCGCUGUGGAGAGUGGGGCGUCGCGCGGAGCCGGGCCGGGGACUGGGUGGGAUGCCCGCCGCUGGUCGUCCGCUGGUGGAUGGUAAUUACCUGCCUCGCACGAGCUGCAAGAUACUCUGCUAAAAGUUAGAAUGAAACAGUUGCCUGCCGCAACAGUUCGCCUCCUUUCAAGCUCCCAGAUAAUCACUUCUGUGGUCAGUGUUGUAAAAGAGCUGGUCGAAAACUCCUUGGAUGCUGGCGCCACAAGCAUAGAGGUGAAACUGGAGAACCAUGGGUUUGAUAAAAUUGAGGUUCGAGACAACGGUGAAGGUAUCAAGGCUGUGGAUGCCCCUGUGAUGGCAGUGAAAUACUAUACCUCCAAAAUAAACAGCCACGAAGAUCUUGAAAACUUGAGAACCUAUGGUUUUCGUGGGGAAGCAUUGGGGUCAAUUUGUUGUGUAGCUGAGGUUUUGAUUACAACAAGGACAGCUGCUGAUAAUUUUAGCACCCAGUAUGUUUUAGAUGGCAGUGGCCACAUAGUUUCUCAAAAACCUUCACAUCUUGGUCAAGGUACAACUGUAACUGCUUUAAGAUUAUUUAAGAAUCUGCCUGUAAGAAAGCAGUUUUACUCAACUGCUAAAAAAUGUAAAGAUGAACUAAAAAAGAUCCAUGAUCUGCUCAUAAGCUAUGGUAUCAUUAAGCCUGACUUAAGGAUUAUUUUUGUACAUAAUAAGGCAGUUAUUUGGCAGAAAACUAGAGUAUCUGACCACAGGAUGGCUCUCAUGUCAGUUCUGGGGACUGCUAUUAUGGGCAACUUGGCAUCUUUUCAGUACCACUCAGAAGAAUCUCAGAUUUAUCUAAGUGGAUUCUUUCCAAAGCUUGAUGCAGACCACUCUAGUACAAGUCUUUCAACUCCAGAGAGGAGUUUCAUUUUUAUAAAUAAUCGACUCAUCCAUCAGAAAGACAUAUUAAAGUUAAUCCGACAUUAUUACAAUCUGAAGUGCCUAAAGGAAUCUACUCGUUUGUAUCCCAUUUUCUUCCUGAAAAUUGAUGUUCCUACAACUGAUGUGGAUGUAAAUUUAACACCAGAUAAAAGUCAAGUAUUAUUACAAAAUAAGGAAUCUGUUUUAAUUGCUCUUGAAGAUAUGAUGACAACUUGUUAUGGACCACUACCUAGUACAAACUGUUACGAAAAUAAUAAAACAGACGUUUCCUCAAUCAACAUGGUUGUUAGUAAAACAGCAGAAACAGAUGUGCCUUUUAAUAAACUGGAAUCAUCUGGAAACAAUUACCCAAAUGUUGCUACUUCAGUCUCUCUUUUCCAAAGUGAUGUACAUAAUGAUGAAGCAGGAGAAAACAAUAAUUAUUUAAAUCAGCAGACAAGUAUUGAUGAACAUUGUGAUAAUCAUUUCCGUGAAAAGUGUAAGGUCCAUAAGGACACUAGAGAUACAUGUGAACAAAUCCCAGUAAAUACCUCACCAUCAGAAGAUGUCCAGAGUGAAUGUCGUGAAACUUUUGUAAGUUCUGUUGAGCAGGCCCAGUUAGAAAAUGGUGGUGAAGGCCUUAUAGAUGAGAAGAGGGCAAAUGGAGAAACAGCAGUUCCUGUGAAGUCUUUAGAAAUUUGUGCAGAUGACUGGAGCAAGGGAAAUGCGCUGAAGAAUUCAGUGGGAGAGAAUAUUGAGCCCGUGAAAAUUUUAGUGCCCCAGGAAAGUUUGGCACAUAAAGUGAGCAAGCAUAAUCGUGCAGGCCAUGAACAAGAAAAUCUCAGUGAUGGCCCCAGUAACAGAAAAUCAAAUGUGGUAGAUGACAAGUCUGGACAGCUAACAGCCUAUGAUUUAAUUAGCAGUCGAGUAAUCAAGAAACCCCUGUCUGCAAGCGCCCUUUUCAUUCGGGAACAUCGUGCUCAGUUUCUGACAGAAAAUCCCAAGACUAGUGUAGAAGCUGCAGCCAUCCACAUUGAAGAGCUGUGGAAGACAUUGAGUGGGGAGGAAAAGCUCAAAUAUGAAGAAAAGGCUGCUAAAGACUUGGAACGAUAUAAUAGUCAAAUGAAGAAAGCCAUUGAACAAGAGUCACAAAUACCAUUAAAAGAUGGCAGGAGAAAGAUAAAACCCACCGGCGCCUGGAGUUUGGCACAGAAGCACAAGUUGAAAACCUCAUUAUCUCAUCAGCCCAAACUUGAUGUGCUCUUUCAGUCCCAAAAGGACAAAAAAAGGGGUGAAAGUAUUAAAAUAAUACAAGUCCCUUUUUCUAUGAAAAAUUUGAAAAUAAAUUUUGAGAAACAAAAAAAAAUUGACUUAGAAGAAAAAGAUGAGCUUUACUUGAUCCACAAUCUCAGGUUUCCUGAUGCCUGGUUAAUUACAUGCAAAACAGAGAUAAUGUUACUAAAUCCAUAUAGAGUAGAAGAAGCCCUGCUAUUUAAAAGACUUCUUGAAAAUCAUAAACUUCCUGCAGAGCCACUGGAAAAGCCAAUUGUAUUAACGGAGAGUCUUUUUAAUGGAUCUCGUUAUUUAGAGGUUUUAUAUAAAAUGACAACAGAUGGCCAGAGAUACAAUGGAUCAACUUACCUAUCUGAUCCUCGUCUUACAGCAAAUGGUUUCAAAAUAAAAUUUAUACCAGGAGUUUCUACAGCUGAAAACUACUUGGAAAUAGAAGGAAUGGCUAAUUGUCUCCCGUUCUAUGGAUUAAUGGAUUUAAAAGAAAUUCUUAAUGCUAUAGUAAACAAAAAUGCAAAGGAAAUUUAUGAAUGUAGACCUCGCAAAGUGAUAAGUUAUUUAGAGGGAGAAGCAGUUCGACUGUCUAGACAAUUGCCCAUGUACUUAUCGCAAGAGGACAUCCAAGAUAUUAUCAGUAGAAUGAAGCACCAGUUUGGAAAUGAAAUUAAAGGGUGUGUUCAUGGCCGCCCAUUUUUUCAUCAUCUAACCCAUCUUCCAGAAACUUCAUGAUUAAAUACAAGAAAAUUAGCCACAGUUGAAACAGAUACGGUCAUAAGACAAUGAGUCAGCUUUUAAAUCAUUUUUUAUUAUCAUGUGUCAAAUGGUUAUUUUAUAAAAGAGGAUUCACUGGCUUAUAUAUUUAAAAAAUUUUCAAAACUUGUAAAAAGCUUAAAUAAAUAAGAAAUGAUUAAUUCAU